AUGAUGCAAAGAUGUCGCCAUGUUUUGAUCUUCACGAGCUGCCUACUCUUAGCCUUUUCGCUUGAAUCAGUUUCGGGUCAGAACUUCGCCACCGAGACCUGUGUGCUGGCGCCCACCCACGUGACUGUGCAGCCCAACGCGGACGUGACCAUCGGGGCUGUGCUGCCGGUGCACGAGACCGGUCAGGGGCUCUAUGGAUGCGGGAGCCCCAACGCAGAAGGAGUGCAAGUGUUCGAGGCCAUGAGGUGGGCAGUCAAGGUCUUGAACACCAAGAGCGGGCUCAUAUCUGAUGCACAAGGAGACCUUGGAGGGUCUCUCAUACCCGGGGUCAAACUGGGUCUGAAGGUCUACGACAGUUGUGGACAUGACGCAUUAGCAGUGGAGCAUUUAACAUCUUUGUUUCCCGUUUUGAGAUCAGGACCAAAGUUAUGUGAUUCCGCCAUGAAAAACUCUACACUGACUAUAGGUGUGGUGGACAUGAGCGAAGCAAGCAACCAACCAGAUGUUUCUGAUUCUUUGCGAGAUUAUCUCAUACCAAGCAUUGGCUUAUCACUGACAACUCUAGUACCUCCAGAGCGAAUGGCAAAAGUACUGAUGUCUGCCACCAAAGAUCUGAAUUGGAAGAAUGUAAUCGUCCUUCAUGAAGAUGAAGAAUACAGCAUCAGCGUCACCAAGCUACUGACACAAGCGGCAGCCAUGGGUGGAGCCACCUGCAUUCGCGAUAUUCAUUCCUUGCCACGCGUUCUUGCUGCCACUCAAUCAAAUCGACAAGAUUUGAGGCUCUUUCGUAGUGCUUUAAAAGCGGUUGUGACGGGUUUGCCAGAUGGCGCAGCAGUGCUGGUAGUAACAAAAAAUGCAGAAUCAGCCACUAGAUUCUUACAGGUAAUGGCCGAAUUUCCGGAACUGGUAGAAAGAAUCCAGUGGUUGUUUUCUUGGAUACCCCCUCCUGUGCCGCUGUCUGCGCUACGAAAGCAUUUGUCUGAUAAAAGUCAUUUUUAUUCCAUUGCUCCUUAUCCAGACAAUGUUCAACAAUUCGAAGAAUACUGGUCAACAUUAAUUCAGUCAUCAACAUUCACCAACUUAGAAGAUCAUUGGUUCUUGGAAUAUCUGAUGUCGAAGAAAAGUUGCAAGAUUUCUGAGCAUGUGAGUACGGUCUACAAUAACCUCCCACCUUGCAAGGACCGUCAUUUGCCGGAAAACACUAUCGACGCUUUGCUGAGAACUUCUAGAGUAAUACCAGCAAUCACUUCCAUUUUCACUCUUGCAACAGCAUUCCACAAAGCCUGGGAAUCGAAAUGCAACAACUCCCCAGGAAUCUGUCCCCAGCUAAGACACAUGAUGAGAUCCGAGUUCGUUUCCCAAUACCUCGAGCCCAUCGAGUACCUCAUUGCUCGGGAAGAUGUUGAUAUGCAAAACACAAAGCGCCGGGUUCCAAGGCAAUCUGAAAAUGAUAAGUUGGAAGGUAGUAAACUUUCUCUUGUGAAAUAUAUAUACGAUGAAGAAAAGGGAGUUUCUUAUAAACAGUUGCUUGUAUUUGAAUCUCAAGGCUCCCAUCUGUUAGACCAUGGUUUUGUCAGUCUGCCUUCGCAAUGUUCAAAAACAGACUGCCGACGUUGUGUAAGGCCGAGACAAUCCAGGUUCGAUGACCUUCAAGAAAUAGACAGAGAAGAUAUAUUUGACUUGGAAGACUCCGAUGAAGACAUUGUUAUUCCUUUGCUCUUGCCUCUUCAUAAACCAGGAUCAUCACCCCUAGAGUGCGGGUCCACUAUCGAUCCGGAAGCCGUUCAAAAUUUAGAAGCAGCUCUUUGGACAGUUGAUAAAAUAAACGAAGAUCGUUCUGUUCUUUCUGGCGGCAAAUUAGGCUUGUCUGUCAUAGAUACAUGUUCUUCCCCUCUGCUGGCUACUCAAAAACUUACGACAUUUCUAACAAAAUCUCACAAUAAUGCAAUGCACAGUCUGGUAGUAGUUUCUGCUUCAUCCCCUGACGAGACAUUAGCUGCAGCAUCAGUUUUGAGGCCGCUCAACGUUAGUAUGAUUUCUGUAAAUGAUUUGACAAACUAUUUAAAUUUCGACGAAAUCGUGGGUCUGCAAAAUCAUCUGUUUCAAGUACCUCCUCAUUCCGAAAAACGAUCAGAGGCUGCUCUUCAAGUGUUUGAUCAUCUGGGAUGGAAGUUUGUGACUGUUGUCUACGACAGGAGUCCUGUUCACAGUCUGCCCUACCGCAGGUUUGUAAAAGCUGCAAAGGUCAAAGGCAUAUGCAUUGGAAAGCAAGUUGAAGUCGAUUCUGAGAACCUGACUGACAACAGUAUGGACAAAAUCAUGCAAAGCAUUGUGGAAGCUAAACAUCAAGGAUCGAGUGCUGUGGUUCUUUUUACAAGAGAAGAAUCUACGAAGAAACUACUGACUGGAAUGGGGAGAUUUAUGGAAGCGAAAGCUCUUCAUCCUGGUGACAUCAUUAUGGUUGGCGUUGGUGGAUGGAGUGAAAACUUGGAGUUAGUUUCGGGGGUUGAAAAAGUGUCCUUAGGAUCAAUUGUUUUGAAAGAAGAAAAUGAUGAGGUGCAGGAUUUCUCGAAGCAUUUCCACCACCUGUUACCAGAAAGCAGUAACAGGAAUAUUUGGUACCAGCAAUUAUGGCAGCAAAAAGAAAUGCAAAGCUCAGAAAGUUGGAACGACACUGAAGAUAAGAUAGGUUACGCUCACAAACUAUCGACAACUAACACCAUCCAAGCUAUUGUGGCUGUAGCAGCAGGUCUGGCAUCACUUCGUAAUGAACUAUGCCAGAUUGACCUUGGAGCAUGUUCCGAAAUGGCACAGCAUCCUCAUCUCCACAGUCUAGCUGAAGCUCACAUCUUGAACAGCUUUUCGCCUCGUUUAGGAAAACCUCAAAGACCUUUCAAAUUUACAGAAAAAGGAUUUGGUGAUACUCCAAUUGAAGUGUACAACUUCCGAAAAUCCGCAGGAAAAAGUUUUACUUAUCUAAAGGUUGGAUCCUUCUCAACAGAAUAUACCAAACUUGCGAACAUCGUCACUUACACAGACAAAGGAGAAAUAUCAAUGGAGUCCAUUGUUUCGAGUUGUCUGAAAGAUUGCUUCCGUUGCCAGUACUCUUCCACAAACCAACUUGUAAUUCCGUCCUCUCAAGACCUGUACAUUGCAGCGACAGUCAGCAUUCACGAAACUACGUCCAAUCCACUGUCUUGUGGAAAGUUAAAGCCAACUAAAGGAUUCCAGAACUUCGAAGCCUUGCUUUGGGCAUUAGACACGGUGAAUGCAGAUCCAAAUAUCCUCCCAGGAGUUGACUUGGGACUUGUCGUCUUUGACGUCUGCGACAGUCGUGAGAAAGCUGCGAUGGACGUUUCGAAUUUCUUAACAGGGGCUUCUGUUGAAAAGUAUUCGCUGCCGUCGGAAGAACACAUAGUAGGUUUCCUCGCUGAGGGUAAUGCGGAUGUAGUUCGACCACAACUGGACAUGACUAUGCCUUUAGGAAUCGGAACCGUAGCGCCAUCCGUGGUAGCUCCAGAAUACACAAAUUCAAGAAAAUUUCCGUAUUUGCUGAAAAUGAGCAUGCCCAGCAGUGUUAUAAUUUCAUCAAUAGUUAAUAUUGUUAGGUAUUACAAAUGGAAAUACGUAUCUGUUGUAUAUACUGAAAGACAUCAUGAUUCUCUGAUUGGAAUUGAUGGAUUCGAAGAGUUGAAGAAACAACUUGAUGAGCAAGCCAUAGAUGUUGCUGUUGCUGAGAAAAUAUCAGACAAUGAAGACAUUGCGCCCACAAUGGAUAUCAUAGCGCAUAGGCUGAAAAUAAAGCAAAAUUCAGGCGCUAGGGUUGUUAUCCUUCUUCUAAGCCCCGAUCAUGUCCGAAAUCUUCUUGGUGCAGUGCAAAGACUUCAGCAUCUGGGCCGUUCUAAAAUGGGAGAUUUUGUUUGGAUAGCGUACGAUUCUCUAGAAGCAUUCCAAAUGUACCCUGAUCAAGCCUCUGGUGCCCUUGUUCUGCGGCCAAAAUCUAAUACUGUUCCUGGAUUCAAAGAUUAUUUCAUGUCACUGGAUGUAAAGAACUACACCCGAAAUCCUUGGCUAAGAGAAUAUUGGGAACAGAUGUUCAACUGCAGAGGAAGUACGUGUAAUAAUGGUCUCCAUGACAAUCUCCAGCAAGUUGGAUUCGUUCAAGAUCGAUCCGUGUCCUACACCAUAAAUGCAUUCUUUACUCUGGCUUUCGGCUUAGACAGCUUACAAAAGCAACUCUGUCCAGAAAGAAAAAGAUCGUGUCCUGCAUUUAAGGAUCACGCUUUAGUCAGACAAAAGCUAUUUGAACAUGCUCGGAGGUUACAGUUUACCGGACUGGAUGGAACACCUAUUAAGUUCGGUGAUGACAACUAUGUCGAAGGGACGAUUGAUGUAUUUAAUUUCAGAGAUGUUGGGGAUGUGAGAGCUUUUCUAAAUAUUGGUUUGUAUGACGAAAUAGACGGUCUCACUUUAAAUACCUCUUUGGCAAAAGGAUAUAAUGAAGCUGGAGAAUUGGUACUGUUGCAAGAAAUAUCAUCGAUAUGUAACGAUAGCGAUGCAUGCCCGAGCAGAUCUGAUCAUUCCCCGAAAUCCAUCCCUUUUAUGGCAAUACCGGCCAAUCAAGAAUUUGUGAUCGGUGUAAUGAUUCCUGUCCACCAACCAGGGGAUAACUUUUUCACCUGUAGUAGAGUCAUAGAAGAGAAUUCAUUCCAAAAUCUCUUUGCUUUGAGUUUUGCUCUGGACAAAAUAAACUCAAAUACCACAAUUCUACCAGAAAUUCAGUUGGGUGCCCUAGUCUUCGACCAUUGCGGCAGACGCCAAAAAGCAGAAGAACAAAUUUUUAGUUUCAUUGCAAGCGAUGGAUCUUUGCCGUAUGGUGAAGCUGGCUUGCGUUCUAGAGCAAUGGUCGCCGCUCUGACGUUUGACCCCUUGGUAGCAGACGAUUUAUCGCCCUUAUUUGAAUCGGUUCUUAUUCCUCAAAUUGCGACUCCGACUGGUGUAACAACCAGUACGGAGACAGGAAGGCAGAGACGGAGAAUUUCAAGAUCGCCAAAAGAAUCAUGGAUUAAGAAUGUAGAAGCAAAAGUAAUCAUUAGCUUACUGACUAGUUUCAACUGGAAAUACGUCACGGUUCUACAUUCUGGUUCCGAGUCAGAUCGCACGAUGUACUGGAACUUCAUCGAAAUGGCUAAAGAGGAAAAAGUUUGCGUUUCGAAGUCUCUCUUAGUUAAGCCAGAUAUACCCAUCGCAGAAUUGACGGAUAUGUUUUCCGUUGAACUUGAUCCCGCGCAAGAAUCACGAGUAGUAGUUAUAUUACUAAACGAUCCUGAACUGAUGCAUAAUACCUUCGAAGCUGCUAAGCUUUCAGGACUGGCUGAGGAUUUUGUUUGGGUAGGAAUGGAACCAGAGAGAGAUGCUGAACACGUAGCAAAAGCACUAAAAGGUGUAGACAUUGAUUUGUUCUUCAUUAGACCUGAAACGUAUGAAGUUCCUGGCUUCCGAGAUUAUUAUUCCAGAUUUAACCUCAACAAGCACGAUCCGAUACCUGACAUAUGGUUUGAAGAAUUCUGGCAGCAUCAUUUCCGAUGCCAUUUACCUCAGAGCACGGCACCCCUAAACCAGUUGUUCGCCCAUCCUUGUACAGGGAGAGAAAAUCUGUCUAACCACCCAAUAGCCCAGGAUCCCUUCCUGUAUUAUACUGUUCAAGCUGUGAGUACUGUGGCAGAGUCUCUGCAUGAUUACUUACGUCGGUACUGCGUUCACGGCGAUGCGGCCACCAACUUGGAGGACUGUGGAACAGACUCUAGGCAAAUACUGUGGCGUGAGAUGAGAAAAUUUAUUAAAGGCCCUCCUGUGAAUUGUAUAGAUGGUGAUUGUGGUCCCUUGAAGUUAGCAGUGGGUUACCAGAUCUUUCAAUUGAGAAGGAUGGCACUUCAUCAUGUAGCACAGCAAGUCGGCUUGUGGAAAGAAAAUGUGCUCCUCGUUGAGAUGGACAAGGUCUUUUUCCUCUCUGGUGUUAAACGAGAAUCCGUUUGUAAGCAGGAGUGCCAGAAAUGUUUUGACCAGAUGGCCCUCGACCCUCAAGAAUUGAGUAUUCCAAAGCCUGCCUUGUACGCUAAUUUUCGAACAAUGUGGGGCGUGAUUGUGUCUGCUUUGUCCCUACUUGGUGUUCUUCUAGUCAUCAUUUGUGCUGCUUACUUCCUUACAUCGUUUCAGGUUACUGUUGGCACAACUGUCCUCGGCUACAUGAUAUUAUUUGGACUACUUCUGCUGUACGCCGUCAAUUUUGCUUUCAUCCUCGCCCCUACCGAGGGAACUUGUGGCAUUCGACGUUUCGGUCUGGGUCUUUCAUAUGCCAUAGUUUUCGCAGGAAUGCUGGUCAAAGUUAUGAAUAUUUGGAGAAUGAUGGGGUACAGAGGAAACCAGUUUCUCGGAGAAUCUUAUCACGUAACUAGUCCUGCUGCUUUGCUGGUCGUUGCUGUUGGACUAGUGAUCAUCCAGAUAAUUCUGUCCUCGGCGUGGCUGAUUCUGAUACCCCCCACGACGGGACUGCACGAGGGUGAAUGGAGGUGUCAUCCAGCAACCACUUUCGAAGACGAGUUGAUCAUCUCUCUUGUGUAUGUGAUGUUGAUGCUGGCCAUCAUCAUCCUUUUCUCAUUUCUUACGUGGAGCAGCAUAGAUAAUAACAAAGAAUCCAGGUGGAUAUUCACUUGUUGCUUUUUCAUCACUUUGGUGUGGGUUGCCUGGACUGUGCUUUCCACACAGAUCCUGCAUCGCUAUAGAGAUCUGACGAUCUCUGCAGCCAACCUGAUUUGCGCAUCCGUGGUCAUGCUGUGCAUGUACCUCAGGAAAGUGUACAUCUAUAAUAAACUAACAAAAGAUCAGGAGAGCAAAGCAAAAAUGCACAAAACUGUAUCCAUGCCAACAGUUCCUAACAUGUAUGGCACUCUAACUAGGAUAACACCAAGUAUUACCCCAGUGACAGCAUAUCAGACGAGUUCCAGACUCGUCGGCCUGAGUAGCAAGUUGGCGGACCGCACCCCACCGUCUCGGAUGGCUCUCAUCACCGCUGACGAUGGCAACAGCAGCGACAACGGUUCAGCGUCCACUCAAGUCCAAGCAGCGGACCUUUACCCCCUGGAUAUGUACGACGGAGGCAGUCAAUUUCAGCCUUCUUCCUUGAGGCUUGGAGGCAGUAGUCUUGUUUUAGAUGAAGCCACAACCAAUCACAGCAGGUCGUAAAAGACUUCAAGCCUCACAAAUAUCAUUGGCUGCAGUGGUUUCAACAUUCCAUUGAAAACGAACAUUCCGAAAUAGACGUUUCAUCAAACUCAUAAUCCUUAAGUUUGUUCAUUGCAAUGCAAUAUAUUGUAUAAAUAUGUGGUUCUGUAUUGACAAGCAAUUUCCUUCUUCGAUAUGAGUUGCAUUUUUGAAAUCCUUAUUGGUUGUUAUCGGAUGUUUUCAGAUUUCAUGCCAGUUGAAGUUACAAUUUAUUUCUCCUUCGUUUUCUUUAUAUUAUGUUAGAUUUAUUGCAAUCUUAUUUUCGACAUGAGCUUUUGUAUAUAAGUCUGAGCUGGAUUCAGACAUUUAAAGAGGUAACUAUCUAUCUACCAAUUUAUACGUUAAUAACGUUCUGCUCAUUCAAAUAUUUUAAAUAGUUUAUAUAAAUGUUUUUUAAUCAUGCAACAGAUAAGUAUCUGUUUUGUGAAACUAUUUUGUUUUUAGUUAUUUUUGUGUAAUUGGAAGGUUUUUAAUCCAGGUAGCGCACAUAAUGUUUAAACGUUACAUAAACGUUUUAAAAUGGUUGUCAGAACCAUUUCUAAACGUUUAUGAAACGAAUUGGGCUACCUGAGAUGAUAUGUUAAUAACAUUAUUUCGAAAUUUAAAAAAUGGAAAUGCAAUAUUUUUAUAAAAUUUGAUGACUUCUUAAAAUUUUGAAAAAACAUAGUUACAAUGGCCGUUUUGAACCACUUCCAUUUGGUUUUUAAAUGACGCUGUUAAGUUACAAAAGAAUACUUUUGAAAAGUCCGAAGAAAAUUUUCUAAGGUAAAAGCGAUAGUUUGUUUUUCUUGAAAUCUGGACAUGAUCGUAUUUACCUACACACAUUCAAACUCUA